AGAGAUAGAGAGACGUUGGCAUCUGGCCAUCGGCAGUUACCCUUUAAACUUGAAAUCAAAAUUCUGAGAGAGAAGAGGGAAGAGAGAGAGAGAGAGUGCCAUUGAUGUUUCCUGAAAGAUCAUGUGUCGGAGGCUUUUGGAGCAACCUCUUGCAAUCAUGGCUGAACUACACUUCCACCAUAUAAAUAUUCCAUCCCAUUCUCCCAAUAAAACCCCUCUGCAAAUUUCUCUGGUUUUUUCUCUUUAAUUCACCACCACAAUCACGUCGUGUUGGAGCUGGGGCUCCAGAAAUGUCGUCUUCUUUACUGAAAACUCAACAAGAAACCCACAUCUUCUGAAGAAUCUUGAGCUACUCUCUUUUGGGUCUUAAAACUUCUUAUUUUUUUUGGAAAAAAAAAAAGUUGGGAUGGAAAGUUCGGUGAAGAACAGUGGAGGAUUUGAAAAGGGAAAAGAUGGAUUUGAAUCUUCUGAUGCGAGUGGGGUUGGGACUGAAUCGGUCACUGAUUCCAGCAGUUCCAGUAGAUCCAGCUCUGAUUUUCAGAGAGAUGAAGUCAAGGCUAAAGAGCCGUCUUCACCGACUCUGUUGGGUUGGCCUAUUAGGAAGGCUGAGGUGCGUAAAAGCUCGGUUUCUAAUGUCAGUGAAGAUGAAACGAAAUCCCAUUUGAAUGAUUCCAAGGUCAAGCAACUUGGUUCAAAGGUUUCAGAGAUUGAGAUGAUGAAGGAGAGGUUUUCGAAACUGUUGCUUGGUGAAGACAUGUCAGGGUCUGGAAAAGGGGUUUGUACAGCUUUGGCCAUUUCAAAUGCUAUCACCAAUCUUUGUGCUACCAUUUUUGGGCAACUGUGGAGAUUAGAGCCCUUGCCCCCUGAGAAGAAAUCCAUGUGGCGAAGAGAAAUGGAGUUGCUCCUUUGUGUUAGUGACCACAUUGUCCAAUUAAUACCCUCUUGGCAAACAUUCCCUGAUGGCAGCAAACUUGAGGUAAUGACUUGCAGACCACGAUCGGAUAUUUUUAUCAAUCUCCCAGCUCUGCGUAAACUCGAUAACAUGCUUCUUGAGAUAUUAGAUGGCUUCACAAAUACAGAGUUUUGGUAUAUAGAUCAAGGUAUUAUAGCCCCUGAGACUGAUGGGUCAGCCUCUUUCCGCAAACCUAUUCAGCGGCAAGAGGAGAAAUGGUGGCUUCCAGUACCACGUGUCCCUCCUGGCGGCCUCUCUGAAAAUUCGAGGAAGCAGUUGAAUCACAAACGUGAGAGUGCAAAUCAAAUAUUAAAAGCUGCAAUGGCCAUAAACAGCAAUGCUUUAGCUGAAAUGGAAGUUCCUGAGUCAUUUUUGGAAGCUCUUCCAAAGAAUGGGAGAGCCUGUCUUGGGGACAUUAUUUAUCGGUAUAUUACAUCAGAUCAGUUCUCCUCAGAGUGCCUGCUUGAUUGCCUUGACCUGUCCUCUGAGCAUGUUGCUUUAGAGAUUGCAAACCGCGUUGAAGCUUCAAUAUAUGUAUGGCGUCGUAGAACUCACCACAAACCAAUGACCAAUCCAAACCGCUCCACUGCAAAAUCGUCAUGGGAGAUGGUCAAGGAUCUAAUGGUUGACGGAGAUAAGAGGGAAUUGCUUGCAGAAAGAGCUGAAAGCCUCUUCCUCUCCUUGAAGCAGCGUUUCCCUGGUCUUACACAAACUACUUUGGAUACCAGCAAAAUCCAGUGCAACAAGGAUGUGGGGAAAUCCAUUCUGGAAAGCUACUCGAGAGUUUUGGAAAGCCUGGCAUUUAACAUUGUGGCUCGUAUUGAUGAUCUAUUAUACGUUGAUGACCUAAAUAAGCAGUCGGAUAAGCAUUCAUCAGUUCCUACAGUCAGUGUCAUUGCUCAUAAGAGGGUCUCAAUUCCAUAUUCAGUGCCCGUCUCGAGCACUCCACAGAAAACAGCUUUGACCACACUGAGCCGGUCGCCCGCACCACUGAUUAGCCCUGCAAGGGGGGAGAGAACUCCUUUUCUUCACAACAAGCCUCCCCGUCGCGGUUUUGGAGUGAAGAGGGUCCUGAAUAAUUAUCUUGGUGUUGAGACAAAAACAAAAAACAGUGGGAAUCCCACAGAAGGGGGGUUAACAAGCACAAUUGUUGUUGAAGCGCCUGCAACUCGAACUGAGACAAAAAAUAUGCAGCAUAAAAAGGAGUCAGUAACUCACCAGGCUAAGUUGAGGCUACAGCAUUAAGGGUUUCUGAGAAAGGAAGAAGAAAGCUAACUGAAGAGUAGGAAAAUUUGUCAUACAAAACUCUCGUUGUAACCCAUUAUGAUUGAUGUUUGGUAGUGGUAUGAUAAGAGGAUAUUUGGAUUCACGUUGUAUUUAUAUGUGGAUGUAGCUGCAACACAAUAUGAUAUAGAGAUUGAUUUAUCAAAA